AUGUAUAUUUAUUAUACGAUAGUGCUAUUGAUCACAGAAGUAGCAAUGACCUCUUCAGCUGUCGAUACGCAAGCACUUGUCUUGUACGAUGACAAUCAGACUCCGCUAAAACGAUUCUCAGCACGGGAGAAGUCGGUGACAGUUGGCUCAUUCGUAAUUCACCUGAAACAAAGCUGGAAUGAAAAUGGAGUUGCCGGUGUUUUGUGGGACUCGGCAAUCGUACUCUCUGAAUAUCUCGUCACCCAUCCGGAUCUUGUUCGUGGUCAUCGAGUACUCGAGUUGGGUGCCGGUCUCGGACUGCCGUCCAUCGUUGCUGCCAAGCUUUCUGCCAAGAGAGUAAUGGCCACAGAUCAGCCUUUAGCAAUAUCAUUGCUCAGGGAAAAUAUCAUUGCGAAUCUGCGUGAAGAGGAAAUGUCGGCUGUUAGUAUCGUACCGCUAGAUUGGGCAACUCUUCCCGAAGAGCCUUUGUCAGCAAACAUCAUUUUGGGCGCUGAUUUAGUUUAUAACGAAGAAGUCUUUGAAGCCUUGAGAAAAGCGAUUAUGCAGCUGAUUACUACUGAUAAUUUUAUGUUAAUGGCGAGCAAGAUUCGCUAUCCUAAGGAUAAACGCUUUUACGAGACUCUGAGAGAUGAUUUUGAUGUAACUCAG